AUAAAUGCCGUGAAUGUGUCAAAUUAGACAAUUCUUUUUUUUCCCAAAAUAUAUACAUUAAUACAUUAUUAUUUUUACAUUAUAUUUAUUUAUUAUGUAUAUAAAUUUUAAAUAUGAAUUAUUCUGAAUUUGGCACCUGAGAUAUUCAUUUUUUAACACUAUUUUUUCCAUUACACAUGAAUUUACAUUUUAUGUUAGGACAUGGAUGAAAAAUACAAAUCCCUAAAAUCCAAACACGAAUUGUUGAAGGAGGGGUUUAAGAAGUUGUAUAGUGACUAUGAGACUGUGAAGAAUGAUUUAAGCGCGAAAUUGGAGGAGUUUUCCAAACUCCACGAGGAAAACUCUCAACUCAAACACAACUACGAUCUUCUACUCAAUGAAAUUAAUCAACCCACAAGGUUGAAGGGCGUGCAAUCGUGGACGAAUGCGUUAACGUUGAUCAAGGGCGGGACUGACACCGAUACUCAGAAAUACAUUGAUGAAAUUAACACACUCAAAGCCAAACUCGAAUCCACUCUCAAACUCACAGAAGCAAUGGAUUUGGAGAAGAGAGAGUUGGAGCGUGACAUGGAGGACAUGAAGGCGAAGCACGGUGUUGUGGUAUCGGAGUUGAAGGAUAGGUUACUGGGCCUGGAAAGUAUCCUCAAGGAUUUACAGGAACAGCUGAACAAAAACGAACUUAAACUCACACAGUACACCAGUGACAUCAAGUCACUCAACACCGAACUACAACAUAAAAAUCAUCAAAUAUUCCAACUACAACUAUUGAUGGAGAAUUCUAGAACUGCGUAUGAGUCUGAAAAGCUCCAGUGGGAUAGGAAAUUAAAUGAAAAAUUCAAGUUUGACCUUCGCAGAAAUCCACACAUUAAUCUCAACAACUCCUACCAAAAUACCACAUCACACGAGAUGUGUGUGGAUGGUAUGAGUUGUGGCGAGUUGAGUGGAAGAAUAAUUGCGUCAUUGAGUGAAGUGUUCAAGAGUUGGAGUAAUUGUCUCAGGUUUAUUCCAUCCGGAGUUAGUUCGGAUGCUUUCUCAACCGAAAGUGACUGCACAUUUGUCACGCUGUUCACUCAGGACUUACAUCUUUUAAGGAAUCUCGAUUCUACAACACGUGAAAUCGAGGGGAUAAUAGUGAAGAUAUGCCAUGGGCUGGAGUUCGUUCAGGCCACUGGGUACUUCAAAUUAUUCCUCCAGUUAAUGAAACAAUUGAUCAAACAUCAGAGGAUUUACUUUUGCCUCGAGAAUUUUUUAACACAUUUUAAUCCUCAGGACGGUGGCAACAGUGGCACCAUUGGCAACAGUUGUACAAGUGUCACCAGUGGUGAAGUAAAUUUAAUAAGAGUGUUUGGAUCGUUUGAUAAAGUUUUAACGAAAUUAUACCAAAGAUUCAACUCUAUCAUCUACAUGACAGAGUUACAAAGUGUAAACUAUUCUACCCUUUUAAUUAAUGAAUUAAUCAACCAAUUCUCCUCCUCCAACACUACUCACACUCCCGACACUAACACAAUUGAAAGUAACCCUACUGACGGUAACCCUACUGACGGUAACACAAUUGAGUUAUUGCUUGGAAAGUGUUACGGUGUGGUGUAUAAUUUGAUUCGUGAGAUGUGUGUUUUACUGAUGGAGUUGCGUGAGAUACUAUCGCAUAGGAUUUGUUACCCUAAGAUUGUCAAGGGAAUGUUCCUACCAUUCACCGGCGGCACUAAGCAAAUGGUACAACUCUCCUCCUCAAUCACACAUUUACACUCACAACUCUCAUCCAUCACCAAAUCACGACUCAAAACCCUUUUCAACAAGAUUUUCAACCGUAACACCCGUUGUAACAAUAACAAUAACAAUAACAAUAACAAUAGUAUUAGUAGUAAUAGUAACAAUGGUAAUGUGGUGUCAUAUGUUGUGAGGUGUAACGAAAAGUUGUUGAGUAGUGGAUUGAGGAUAGAUUUGAAGAGUUUGGAGAGUGAGUUGGCAAAGUUAAAGCGGAGUGAGGUUGAGUUAUCGGAGUUAAGGUUAAAAUACGCAACGGCGCAGGAGGAACUGUCGAUAGUCAGGCUGAACUCGGAAAAUUACCUCAAGGAACUUGAAUCUCUCAAACAAACCAACCACAUCCAACACAUCUGCACCAAACUCUUCCAACAAACUUUCAACAAAUACUCCACAAACUUUUGUAACAAAGAACCUUUUGCGAACUCUGUAGAAGCUUCUGUGACCUCUGUAGACGCCUGUGUUCCCUCUGUAGACGCCUGUGUUCCCUCUGUAGACGCCUGUGUUCCCUCUGAAGAUCCUGUGUCUACCCAUUUGUACAUGUGUAAAUUGAUGAACAAUGUGAGAUAUUUGAUGAAGAUGGUGAGUAAUUUGGAGGAUGUGAAUGGUCAGUUAAGGCUGGCUUUGCAGGUGAACCGGGACCAGUACCGCCUGGCCAAGGAAAACGAAGACGCCAUACACAGAAACUACAACGACCAGCUCGUCCUAAUGAGCGAACACAUCACUGAACUAAACAACACAAUACUCAACAGCGAAUACAAAAUCGCCGAACUCACACAAACCAAAGUCUCAUGCCCCUCUUGCGGAUUCAAUAACACCCUCGGUAUUCUCUACACAGUUUUAUAUAGUUAA